ACGAAUUGAUGCAUGCUGCUCAUACCUAUUUUAAUUUUUUUAUUUUUUGGAAAAUGGGAUAUUUCGUCAAACAUGCCAGGAGUUUUGCAGUUAUUGGAAUAACUCUGUACUUAUUGGAUUAUGUUGGGGUAUUGAAGCAUUGUAAUGAGUUGGCUUAUGGAAGCAACUUUAACUAUCCGGCUGGUUCCCCCAAUGACUAUAAUUAUAUGUUUCUCAACAACGCUUCAGGGAAAUGCCCAUCGUCACCUAGAUUAAUACUAAUAGUAAAAUCUGCUGUCGGAAACGUUGAUCGUCGCAACAGUAUUCGCCGUACUUGGGGUUUAGAACAUCGUUUCUCUGAUGUAGAAAUAAGACGUGUAUUUCUGCUUGGCGUUAGUCGAGAUUUGAAUAUGAAUCGUAUGGUGGAAAGUGAGUCAACAAAACAAAAAGACAUUGUGCAGAUAGAUUUUUUAGAUUCUUAUUUUAACAAUACUAUCAAAACAAUGAUGGGGAUGCGAUGGGCCCUUACCUAUUGUGGUAAAAGUGACUACUUCUUUUUUGUGGACGACGAUUAUUAUGUAUCGGCAAAAAAUUUGUUGAAAUUUGUUGCCGAUCCCGACUCGUAUCCAAAACCUACUCGAAAUUUUAUUGCUAGCAGUUUUAUAUUUGCUGGCUUUGUAAUGCAAACACCACCUCACAGACAUAAAUUCAGCAAGUGGUAUGUACCUCUCAGUGAAUAUCCUUUUGAUUUAUGGCCACCGUAUAUUACGGCAGGAGCGUUCGUUCUUAAUCGAAAUGCGUUGUCUAAGCUAUUUAACACAGCAAUAUAUUUGAAAGGAUUUAGGUUUGAUGACAUUUUCCUAGGAAUAGCAGCGCUGAAAGCUAAUCUGACUCUUACGCAUUGCGAUUUUUUUCACUUCAAUAAACCGAAAUAUAAAAGUCUUUCAAAUUUCCAAUAUACCAUCGCAUCACAUGGUUUUGAUAAUAAUAUAGAAUUGGAAACGAUUUGGAAUGAAUGCCGUUCUUCCGGUUUUGCAUAAGUGAAUAAAAACAUUGCGUUUAUUUCUAUAAUUGCUUAAAUUGGUCAGUUUAAUAAUUUAUAUUGGAAUUCGUUGAAAAUUUUUCUAUAUACAUAUGUAUGCAUGUGUGCAUAUAUGGACUAGCUUAGUAUUAAGUUGAAAAUCAUUAUUGAUAUGAAUAAACAAUUUGUAUUGAAAAAUAGCCUUUCAAAUUUCAA